AUGGCCUCCGUUACGAUACGGCCCGCAUCCCCGGCCGAUGCCCCCGCCAUCGCCGCCGUGCACUACCGCGCGCAGGAGAAAUACCACGGCUUCUACGGGGCGUUUUUCGUGCACAGCCCGCGCGACAUAUUGAUUCAGGCGACGGCGAGGGCGGUGAACAAGCCGGAGAAUGUGUAUUUGGUUGCUGUGGACGAGGAGGCGAACAAAGUAGUUGGGUUUGUGCGAUAUGUCGUGGAGGAAGAAAAGAAGAAAGAGGAGAAGGAACAAGAACCUGCUGUUGUUAGUGAGGGUGAGGGUGAGGUUGAUGCUGGGCCGUCGCUUUUUGGUGUCAAGGAGCAUUUGAAGGGGUUGUGGGAGGAGUUUAAUGAGAAGCAGGUUGCGAUGGAUGGGUGUUAUGAGAAGGCUGCUGAUGGGAAGAGACAUAUCUAUGUAAAUCACUUGAUGAUUGAUCCCGAUUACCAACGCAAGGGCAUCGGAGGAAAGUUACUGGCCGCCGUGUUAGCGAGGAGCGAUAAAGAGAGGGUUCCGACGUUUUUGAUGUCGUCUGCGGAGUCGCGCGGGUUAUAUGGCAAGAUGGGGUUCGAGAUUCUGGGGACGUGGAGGGUUGAUAAUGGGGAUUGGGCGGGAAGGGUGGUUGAGGUGGAGAAGGGAUUGGGGAUUGUUGGGAGGGAAGGGCUGGAGGAGGAGUUUAGGGGAGUUGGGGAGGUUGAGGAUGUUAUGGUGAGGACGGUGAGGUGA